AUGAAGCCACAGAAAAAGGCAGCAGUUGCCCGGAAGGCAACAAAAAUGCCAACAAUUGCUAAAAAACGUCGCUCAUUUUUAGAAAAAUCUAUAUCUGAUAUAAGAAAAGAGAAAAAGCCUAAGAAGCUUGAAAAAGGAGAGGAUGCAAAAAAGAGAAUAGAAAGUGAUAAAAAAAAAUCAGAGAAAACUGAUGAGAAAAAGAAGAUAGAUGAUAAGAAAAAGAUUGAAGAGAAGCGAAAAGAAAAGUCUGAAAAAGUGGAUGAAAAAAAGAAAUGUAUGAAAGAUCAUGAAAAAAAAUGGGAAAAAGUUGAAGAAAAGAAAUUAGAUAAAACGGAUGAAAAGAUCUUGGAUGAACAUACCUGUGACAGUUCAGACAAAAAGAAAGUACAAAAAAUAGAAGAGAAGACAAAAAUGGAAAAACAACUUAUGGAAAAUAAGAAGAGGCCUGAGAAAAUAGAAGACAAAAAGAAAAGUGCUAAAUUUGAUGAUGAAAAUGUAGAAGAGCAAAUAAAACUUUUAAAUGUUACGGAAGAAAAUGAUUUACAUGAGGAGAAGUUAGAUAUCCUUUGUACAAUUGCUAAGAAAAAAAGUAAAGAUGAGAAAAAGAAAGAUUCAAAAUUACUGAAGCCUGAUAUAAAGGAAAAUAUGAAAAUAUCUGUGAUAAAAGACAAAAAGUUAGAACGCAAGAAAUUUCUAGAGAAAGCUACAAUAAAUACUAAAACUUCUUUGGGACGAACUAAAAAGGAUUCUAAGACAAAGUCAAUGCAAAAAAAAGGUAUUUCUAGAAAGACUGUAUUAGCAAAAAAAUCACAUUUAUCAGUAGUUCAGAAAUUGGUGGAUAAAAAAAUUAAACUAAACAAGUUUGUAAAAGAUGAAGAAACAUCUGUAAGUGAAGAAGAUGAAGCAAUGAAAAGAACAAAAAGGAAAAAUAUUAAUAUUCCUAAAAACAAAAUUAUACAAGAGAAAAAACCAAAGCUAGGAAAACAUAUGAAAGCUAAGUUACCUUCAAAAACUAAUAAAAUAAAUACUGCAUUAAAAAAGGAUGAUAAAUUAAAAACACUUGUGGAAAAAGUUAUAUCUAAAAAAAAAUUAGAUAUAAAAGAAACAGAAAAGUCACUGAAUGAACAUAAGAAAACUAUGAAUAAAGAUGAAUUAAAUGAAGAAGCAAAUACAACUAACAUAAAAAGCGAAUUAGUAGAAGACAAAGAUAUUGAUAAAAAUAAUAAAGAAGAGCAAUCACAGUUAAAAUCGCAAGAUAGUAAAAAAGUUGUUAAAUGUGCUUCAAAAAUAGGGAAAAAAAUAAUGAAAAAGAAAGUUGUAAAAGUGCGAAUAGAGAGCACCAACCAAAUAUUUUCUUCUUCUGAAGAAACAUCUUCUGAGGAAUCUGGUAAACAAAUGAGAGUUUGUGAAGAUAAUUCAAAUGAUAAUGCUUCUUCUAAACAAGAACAAAUUGGUAGUGAAAAUAUAGUUGACACAAAUUUGAAAGAUGAACCAAUUAAUGGAGAUAAUAUGAAUGGCAAUUCGUUAUUAUCAGAAUCAGAAGAUGAAGGUGAUGAUGAGACAAAAAGGAGUAAACAGAAGGAAAUUAAGAAAAACGAAAGAGCUGAUUCACCAUCUGAUGAACGUGUUAGAAGAAUGAGAUUGUUUGGUUUUUGGAGUGGCCCAAAGCGAUAUAGAGUAGCUUCCUUGAAUGCAUUGGCUAAGGUUCAUUGUUUAUAUGAAAAUGAAACUGGAGGAGUUUAUCUUGGUGGGUUUUGUAAACCAAAGCCUGAAAAAGAAAAGCAAAAGAAAACUAAGGAGGAGAAAGAAGAACAAAUUCGUAAAGAAAGAGAAAAAAAGAUAGAAACUAAAACAGAAGAAAAUAUUCCGAAAAGGAAACUUAGAAAUGUGCCAGGAUUACGUGGAAAACAUUGGGAUAUGUUAGAAAGUUCUUCAUCUUCAUCUUCUGAUGAUGAUGAGGGUGAACGUGACAAAAAUAUUGAACACAACAAGAAAAAAAUAAUUAAACGAAGGAAGAAAAAUGAAGAAGUAAUGGAUUUAAAAGAUAUGGUUGUUUGUAAAAGAAUGGCAAGCCUUAAUGCCACAGCUAUUCUAGCUGCGUCAUAUUCAGACGAAAAAAAUCGUUGCGGUAGUAGUUCUGAUUCUUCCAGUGAAUCAGAAGUAGAAAUUAUUAAAAAGCGCAAACAAAAUGAUUCUGAUAUCGAGAAACGAAAAUCGAGACAAAAUCCAGAGCAAGAUGAAGUCUUGAAACCGUCUAAUAAACUUGUUAUUGUAAAUCAAGAUACAGAUGUCACUAUUACUGGUGUUUAUGUUAAUCAAACUCGAUCUACGCAUCAUGAAGGUUAUUGCAGUAUUGCUGGCAUGCAAUAUAGAAUAAGUUCAACAAGCCAUACUCAAACUGCAGCAACUGCAGUUGCUACUGAGCUUCAUGAUCAGCAAAAAUUGGAGCAACCUUGCAAAUCAUAUACACCAUUGGGGGCGCUAUCUUCCAUGCAGCCACCAGGAAGUCAAAAUAAUCAUCCAAACAUGUCACCUCGAAGACAUUCUGCAUUUUCAGCACCACAUCAACAUGGAUAUUAUCAGCCGGCUGGACCGCUGAUACAGCAUCCACCAACUUUACCACCUAUUAAGGGACCUCCUCCAGAACCAACGCCUACACCUCCACAGAAUUCUGAAGGUUCAGAUGAUUUAGUUGCUACUUCUACAACUUCUGGAGGAACUAGCAGUACAGGUAUGUUUAUACCUUAUUAAUUAUUUUAUGUUACAAUUUUAAAUUUGAUAAUGUGUGUCAAAAAAUAAUUUCUAAUAAUUUAAUACUUUGAAUAUUUUUUGAUCUAUUAGUAAUAUUCAUUUAAUAGUGCAAUUAAAAUCAAAUGUGUCUAAAAUCUAAGUGUCUAAAAAUUAACAGAAAUUAACAGAAAUUUCAAAUUCCUUUUGAAUUCUUAAAAAACCAGUUAUAAUUGUAUGAAUUGCAUGAAAUAAAUGAUUAAUAUAAUACAAUAAUAUUACAGUAAUAUAUAAUAUACAAUUAUAUAAUAUACAAUUCUUAUAUAUAUUUUCAUAAUACAUAAUUCUUAUAAUAUAGUUUAAAAUGUUUCUCUUUUUCAAAAUUAUUUAUUAUUAUAUUUAAGUGAUAUAA